CUGGGAGGUUUCUAAGAUUGACCCAUUUAUUUAUGCCCGGGUUGCUUAUGGCCUAUAAAACCCUAUUCAUCCAGAUCUUAGGGCAAACGUUAGAAUGGCGCUUCGACGAGUUGUCCUGAACACAGCGAGAUCCAUAUCCAUGGUCGGCUAUCAGCUGAAAGGCGGUCACGGGAGGGGGUUUUUGGGAGCAAUCAACAGCGGCCUCGACAAUUACUCUUACCUGAACAAUCGUAAGCUCAGCCCUUUUGUCUCCUUUUCCCGUCGUCACUACCAUCUACCGCCUCCUCCGCCCGUAAAAGUUUUCUAUGAGAUACCCGAAGGCGGCUUUAAUUUUCCCAUCGACAAUCCUGAGAACGACGAUGGCACCAAAGAAUAUGCUCAGUUUGCAGCGAAGGCUCACAACGAGGUCUCCCAGGAUGGAGGAGAAGAUCAUGUGCGGUUUGUGAGGUUGGUAAGAGCAUGGAGAUCGAUUAAUCUUUGCGAAAGUUAUCAUAUGAUGCUGGAGGCUGUGGAUGGAAAGGGCGAGGUCAAUCUUUACUAUGCAGAAGUUAUUUACGAUCCAUUAGAAAAUGUGACAAAGUUGGUUAAGUGGGAGCUGGUGGACCAGUCCUUUUCAUACCCUUUUGAAGAAGCUAGAUGGAGUGAACAACUCAAAGAAGAGGUACGACGAUUGGAACAAUUUUAUCAAGAGAUGCCACAGGAAAUGGAAAAGAAGAAUGAUUUGGACAGAGAAUCAAUCUAUAACUUUACAUAUGGUGCAUGUCCUACUCUCACACUUGAUACAAUCUGCCCAUAUGCUAUGCUUGGAAUGCCUCGUGCUUCGAGAAGAGACUUACAUAAGAAUGAGAUUGACGAAGUAAAUUGAACAAAGAGGCGUUUAUGGAACGAGGUGCAAAUGUGGCCAGCACUUUCGCAUUGAUCUUCAAUGCUUCCCGAGCUACGCUUCUGUUCACAUAUUAGAAACCUCUACUUUCUGUUUCCUGCUCUUAUGAGAUUGUCAUUAUUUAUAUUGGUAUGAUGUUUGAAUUUCCCUUAUAUAUAUAUAUAAUUAUGGUUAUUACUGAA